GCCGCCUCUGAAAGAAUCCCUGCACGAAUAUCGCGCCAGCUCCUGGAGCUGUGAGCUGCACAGGGAGCCUAUCCUGAGCCGGACUCACAGCUCUGCACCUCACGGACACACAGGGCACUGGAUCGGCGCCGUCAUGCAAUACCAGCAGCACCCCAGCUCCUCGGCGAUGAGUGCGAACCUGCCUCUGUACGCGCCAACACCGAUGCAGGCGGUGCACCCGACCCCAUUCUACAUCGACGACAUCCUGGGACGCAACGGGGCUCCUCACCCGACCAGCGUGGCCCCCGGGCCGGCUCUGCCGUCCCCCAAUUCCUCCUUCACCAGCAUCGCUUCCCCGUACCGGACUCCCAUCUACGAGCCAACUCCAAUCCACCCCGCCUUCCACCACCCAGCGUUGACACCGUACGGUAGCAAUGCCUUCAGCGGACCCCUGUACCCUUUUGCCAGGACUGUUAACGACUACACGCAUGCAUUCCUCCGACAGGACACUCUGGGUAAACCGUUGAUAUGGAGCCAUUUUAUUCAAAGGCCGCCGCACAAACGGAAAGGGGGGCAAGUUCGAUUCUCAAACGAUCAGACCAUUGAACUGGAAAAGAAAUUUGAGACCCAGAAAUAUCUCUCGCCUCCUGAACGAAAAAGACUCGCCAAGAUGUUGCAAUUGAGCGAGAGACAGGUAAAAACUUGGUUUCAGAAUCGCAGAGCUAAAUGGCGGCGGCUGAAACAGGAAAAUCCUCAAGGGGCCAAAAGAGAAGAAUCGGAGAAUUCUGAUCAGUCCAUCGAAAGCCAGUGCGAGAAGCGUCGAGAGAGCUGCCUGAGUCCGGAUCUGAAUAAAGCGGUGUUUUUGAACGGCUCGCAAUGCUCGAUCUCCCCGGCUUCUCAGCAAAAUGAAUCGGAAGUGUCAGAGGACAGCGAUGAGGAGGUGGAUAUCGAUGACGACAGGAGUACGUAUCCUGCAAAUGUAUAAUUGAACCCACUGGGACAAAAUUCGGUUGGAGAAUGGAAGGAUAGUGGUUUAUCCUUGCACUUUACUGGGAACCGGACUGAUAGGUAGGAUCAGUUUCCUACAACCUCAAUAAUGCAAAGAAUGUAUAAGGAGUGAGAUUCAAAACAUUUUUGUAUGGAUUAAUGUUUAGUCAACAGACCCGUACUUGCGGAAUCUAAAUCCGAUUCAAUGAAGGAUUGUUUUUAACUCGAAAUAACACAGUCUUUUAUGUAUGUACAGUACAUAAUUUUUGUAAUUCAAAUAUUUUAAUACUCAUGUACAGGACAUGUUUUUGUUGUACUAUUCAAUUUUGUAAGAAAAUUGUUAACUGCGAAAAAAGGUCGAGUAAUUUAUACAUCCAGCCAAAAUAAUGGCGUCUGUGAACUUAGUAGCUUUCAGUAAAAGUUUGUCAGUGGUGACAUACCUCAUACUCCAAAAGUAUUGUGUAUAUUGUGUAAAUAUGUGUUUUGUUGACGUUCACAUGACUAAUAAAUACAAAAAAAAACCAUGAAGUUACUUAUCA